AUGGGGAGCAAGCCAAGCAAGCUCAAUGGCAAGCAGAGUAUUGUCGGCCCGGCGAGUCGUAACCCGAAGCGUAACUCGGACCUCGAUGCGCUGAGCAACUCGAAUUUGCGCUCUCGGGACGCCAUCGACAGUUCGAACCCCUCCAACUCCAUGAAAGAGCGGCAGUCGCCUGAGCGUCGUGGCUUCAACAACCCUCUCCCAGCUCGUCAAAGCGGAAGCCAUGACCGCGCGCAAAGACGUCAGACACGCAUGCUGGGGGCGCAGGAUGUGGACGGCGCUCACGAAGACCUCGAUGAACGCCCAUUCCGCCAAGGGAAGGUAAACCGGGUGCCGACCAAGGCGCUGCUGAAGCCGCCCAAGAACCAGAACUCGAUAAUCGCGAGCCCCGAUGAGGACUACAAGCUGUACUGA